AUGCCGAUGAGACAUCCUCCAUUUGUCCUGGAUGCAAGCUCUACCAAAAAGCUUGUCUUCCAUCCCGACAACGUCCAACUCGUAGCUUGCGUUAAAGCUUUAGUCGCAGAGGUUCAGGCGUUAACUUUAUCUCGCGACCGCCUAAGACAAGCCGUCGUACACGCUCCAGCCACAGGGGCCGUAGCCCGAGGCGCCCGCGAUCUCGCUCACCGUCGAAUGGGAUUUGCUGGUAUCACCGCCGCCACGUUCGGGAAACUACUUAGCCGACCAGCCCAGGUGACGACCGUGUCCGGCUCGCCACAGCGAAGUCGUCUGUUUUUCGUUACCGACCUUCAUACCGAGAUAUGCUUCCUGGUCAAUACAGGCGCACAGGUCAGCAUCAUACGUCCUCUCCCCGCUGACCUACAUCGUCUCUCUUCGGUGGAACUGGUCCCCGUGAAUCGCACACCCAUCAAAACCUACGGCGAGCGUUCGCUCACACUGAACAUUGGUAUUCGCCGUAGCUUACCUUGGGUAGUCAUCACCGCCCACCCUCCGCAGUCUAUUAUCAGCAUCGACUACCUCCGGCAUUUCAACCUCAUCGUUGAUACGGUUGGCCAUAAACUAAUCGACCGUCUCACUGCAUGUGAGACCAUCGGGACGCCUGCGACCACUCCUUCGGUCAGCCCGCUGUGGUACACACCCGACGAUACAGACAAGUUCCGAGCGGUUCUCUCCGAGUUCCCGGAGUUGUGCAAACCACUGGACACUCUACCUCAGGCGACUACGGACAUGAUACAUCAUAUAGUUACAACCGAGGCCGAGGCCAAAACUCCAAUUAUUGAUCUUGAUGAUCUUCAGUCUCCCUCUCCUAAACCUCCACCACCGAAACGUCCAAACGAUACACGCGUUAACCCUGGAACCCCUUUCCGCUAUAAUCGGCCAGUGGCCCCCAUCUCACUGGCAGAAUAUACCAGCCCUGUAUUGAAGAAGUCACUCAGCUUAACUGCCUUACCACCUCAAACACCUACUUUGGUCCCAAAGAAGGUUUCUAGCGCAAUUGGAUCCCUACGGUCACGGUUACAGCUCGAUAUCUUAUCGCCCCGCUGGGAUGCUAAACAUCUUCAACCCUCAGUACCUGUCCGCAUUCCCUCUUCGCUUACACCCAACUUUGUUGCCCAACGCUCUGCUAAUUCUGCUUACAAUAACCGCCCACGGACGAUGCCUGCACCCCGCCCUACUUACAUAGACCAAACCAAGACCAACCCCUCACUUUGA